UUCAUCGUUUCCGAAAUAAGCUCUUCCGGGUUUCCAUAAAAAGGCAAACAAUUUAGACUCUCUUGGCUUCGUAGAUUAAAUUUGUAAACUCACAUCUAGGGUUAGAUUUAAUGUUUUUAAGAAAAGAAAAACUUAAUUUGCACUAAAUUAUGGCUAGUAAACUAAAGAAACUAGUCGACGAUUCUAAAGAAGGCAGUGGAACCGAGUUAGAUCUCGUUGACAAAGGCAUUGUAAACAUCCUUGAAAUACCAGGUUUUGCAAGCUUGAAGAAUUUGACAAAACUUGUACUCGCUCACAACAAAAUAUCUUCUGUGCCUCCAAACAUUGCCAAUUUUCUAAACCUUGAGAUAAUUGUUUUGUUUAACAAUAUCAUUGAGGAGCUGCCUACAACACUCAGCUCUCUGCCCAAACUAAAAAUUUUAAAUGUUGGAAUGAAUAGAUUGAAUUCUUUACCUCGAGGAUUUGGUGCUUGUCCAAUGCUUGAGGUUUUGGAUGUAACCUACAACAAUCUCAGUGAAAAUAGUCUUCCUGCUAAUUUCUUCUGCUUAGAUACAUUGAGGGCACUGUAUAUGGGAGACAAUGACUUUGAACACUUGCCACCCGAAAUUGGUCGUCUGAAAAAUCUUCAAGUGCUUGUGCUGCGAGAGAAUGAUCUGGUAGAGUUGCCCAAAGAUAUGGGGGAGCUUACUAGACUUCGAGAACUUCAUAUUCAGGGGAACAGGUUGACUGUGCUACCACCAGAAAUGGGUAAUCUUGAUUUAGUGGGAACAAAACAGGUAUUUAAGGCAGAUGGUAACCCUUGGGUAACACCAAUAGCUGAUCAAUUUCAAGUUGGCAUCUCACAUGUGUUUGAUUACAUUAGGUCAGACACUUACAAAUUUCUUUAUGGUCGUCACAUUGCAGCCAGGGCAGACCCUCCUCCUAAAAGUGUGGACAAGUCCAAGAAGAUCAGUCGGAUCAAAAAAUAGUGGCCAGUUGUGAAUGGUCUAUAGAAUAGAAAAAAUUAUUUCAUGCUGUUAGAGUAUGACCAGGGGGUGUGGGGGUGGGGGAUAACAUCAACUAAUGACUUAUUUCUUACAAUGGCUAUUACUCAUUCAACUGUAAGAUUUGUUUGCAUAAUGAAGGUAGUUCUCAACCUACUUUUUAGAAAUGUCAAAGGCUUUUAUAUUAUUACCAGCUGCAUAAUGCAAGCAAUAGUGCUAUCAGUUAUGAUCUUUGAAAUUUGUCCAUAGACUCUUACCAGUCAUCAAAGAUAUUUAAGAAAUGAUUUCAUUAUUAUCAAAUUUCAGAGUACAUUAUUCAUUUCUCUUCUUUCUCAUAGUUUUACUUUGGUCACCAUUUUGUUUAGUUUUACUUUGGUUGCCAUUUUGUUUGUUCAUCCAAAUUUUAAAAAAAUUAGACCUUUGCCUUAGUAUCUCAAUCUGGCUAAUGAUAGGCACUAUGUUAAAAAAAUGGAAAAAACUUUUUUUUUAGCAUUCAAUUUGCAUCAUAUUAUCUUACAUUUCUUGUAAGUCUGUACCAGAAUAACUCAGAAAGCUAGUUUUUAAUUUCUAGUCUUCACGUUACAUUUUUUUAUGAUUGUAGCACAUCUUGUUACAGUUCAUGUUAUUUUUCUGUAAAAGAGAAAAAUUUGUUUUGUCUUUUAUAUUAGUGCUUUAGUAAUGGAAUGUUUUUGCUGUACAAACGUAUAUAUUAUAUGCCUGUAUAUUUGUGAUACAUUUACUCAUCCCUGCUUAUAGUAUUAUAGUUAAGAAUGAUCAAGUACAUUCAUUGUGAAGUGAAUUGAUAGUGCUUUAUUAGUUCUCAUCUAAUUAGCAUGUGUAAGUUUGUACAUAUAUUAGUGUAUAAACUCUUACUGAUCUUAUUAUGGUGCUAUGUUUUGUGGUGUAAAUAUACAAAAUAUUUAUAAGUUAACAGUUAUAUUCUCUGGCUUGAUGCAAUCAUCAUUAUAUUCUAAAUGUUUCUGUUUUCAGUAGCAAAGUAGUAAAAGAAAAAGUACUUGUAUGGUUUGAAUCAAUAAAAUGCUCUGAUGUGAGUGCUGUGGAGGCAUACAAUUGAAAAUAACCUAUGCACCUUCUUUUAAAGUUACAAACAUUAGCAUUUAAUUUUUUUUUGUGGCAAUAGAGCUUUUAUGAAUCACAUAAAUUAACUCUUUUAGUGCAUAUUAAUUUGAUGGAAAAAAAUGGAGAUUUCAGGGACAAACAAAAACUUGCAGGGGGGUAGUGUUACUAGAACUAACUUUUUAUUUUAUUAUAUAUUUUGAUUUGAUUUUAAAGGAAAAUGAAUUGGCUACAAAAGUGUUACAAAUAAAAUAAAUUAUUUAAGAAAAUAUUUCUUUUAAUAAGCUUAAACUGAGUAUGUAAAAACAAAAUUUAUUUUACAAAUAAAAAAAAAAUUGAUAUACUAUGUGAUUUAAUAAUUCUAGAUUUAAUUCUAAAUAUUGAGAAAUCACCAACCUAAACACUAAGUCACUUUUAAUUUUAUAAAAGAUGAAAAAAAUGCACUAAAAAUUGUAUUCAACAUUUUGGGUCCCAAUGAUUUAAACUAAAAAGUGGAGUCACCAGCACAAUUUUGUCUUUUUUAAAAAAAACACAUCUUGGACUUUGUUUUUACAACCAAAACAAAGAACAAUCACUCCUAUAUGCAGAAAGUUAAAAAUAUAUAGAAAGAAAAAAAGUUUAUCAUAAUGAUAGUGAAACAAACAUUGUAUUCCAAGUUACUCACUGAAAGUUACCCUGCAUGAAAGUUAAAUGUUUUCUCCACUUUUUAGUACAAUUGAUUAGAAAACAAAUAACUAUUGCUUAUAGAAUGUAUACCAGUGCUGGGAAGUUAUAAUUUAAAUUUCACAGUUACUUAGAGAUUUGUUACAAAGUAUUGUUUCCUUUGUGUAACAACAAUUGUUUUAUUCAAUACUGCCUUAUUUAUUGAUAUAUUGUUCAUUCUUUAUUGAGUAUACUUAUAAGUUAUAUACAUAAACAAAGUAAAUGCUCUUUUUUUUUUUAACUUUUAAUAAACAUAAUGGCUUAAUCUCUUUCA